AUGCCGUCAGAUCCCUAUGAUCUAGAGGAAGGGAUCCCCAAACCAGAGCCUGGGACCGCCGGCGGCUUCUACGAUGCUCAGGGUUUCUGGCGCACCGGCUGGUGGAACGGCCAGAGCUGGCGGGAGGGCUACUUUGGUGGAGAGGUCUGGGUGGACGCGGCAUGGGAUGGAGAGGUGUGGCGUGACGGGAUUCGUCUCUACAUCGUUGACGAGUCCCUGCGAGCGGCCUACCGGCGGGAGUUCAUCAUCCGAAUUGAUGAUGGCGCGCUGCAGAGUGACGAACAUCACCUGCCAUCGAUCGAGGCGGGAACCGCUGGAGGAUUCUACGACGCGAAUGGCACCUGGUGCACAGGCUACUGGGACGGCCGUCGCUGGAGGGAAGGGUACUGGGACGGGGAGCGAUGGAUCGACUCCUGGUGGAAUGGCUUCAUGUGGUACGAUGGACCUCGGCGGCAUCGGGAGGUGCAAAGUGUAGAUGUGGCAUGA